AUGUAAAAUAUUGCAUAACAAUCAGAUCAAGAAAAAGAAGCUAACUAAUAAUUAUAAAAAAAAAGAUAAACCUGGAUUUAGCAAAAGAAACCUUAACCUUCAGAUAGCCUAAGCAAGUAACAUAAGUAUCAGCAAAAACAUAAGGCUAUUGCUAAGUAAAAUCUAAAGCCUCUUAAGAAAGAGAAGGAGAUUCUUGAGAAUUAAAAUUAAAUGAUGUAGAGAACGUAAAAGGAAUUAGUGAAGUUAAAUUAGUAAUUGAAGUAUCAGGAAUCUGAUUAGCAUCAGGAAUUAUUCUAUUAGUAUAGGAAUUAUUGUAACCAUUAGGAAUCCUAUCAUGUUUGAAUCCACUAAAAUGUGCACAGGAAUGAAUGGAGUAGAUUUUUAAUUCUUGGCUCUAACAGAUUUGAACAUUGAUCUAAUAAAGGAAGCUAUAAAAGAGGAAAUCAAAUGAGG